GACCUAGUGUUUUGUGUAAGAACUUAUAGUGCUCAAUACUUAUGAAGCUUUAUAAUGGAAAAUAAAAUUGGUACAGUAACGGAAUUUGUCGAAAAUCGUCACAAAAAUCCGGUUGAUUUGGAUCAAGCUUUGGAUGUUGUUGGUUUAGGUUGGUAUAAUUUCAAGUACUGCCUUGUGUUGGCGCUGUUUCUUAUCGCUGCAAUCAUAGAACCGGUUGGAUAUUCCUUCAUUGUUCCUUCAGCAAAAUGCGAUCUGAACAUGACUGAUGCCCAGAGAGGCUUUAUUUCUUCUGUACCGUAUAUUGGUAUUGUUGUAGCGUCAUUCCCUUGGGGUUUUUUAGUAGACACGAAAGGUCGGAAACGUGUUAUCAUAUAUGGUUCAUUGGCGGCAGGAGGUUUUGGUGUAAUAUCAGGCUUUAUGCCGGAACUAAUAAGUUUUACUGUAUGCAAAUUUAUUACUUCACUAUGUUUAGCGUGUCCAGCUGCGGCUCCCUAUUCGUAUAUUGGUGAGAUUCUCCCGCGAAGGCAUAGGGAUAUCAUGCUUUCGAUAACAAACGCUUUGCAAAUAACAGGAUCAGCUUUAGUUCCUCUUUUAGGUUGGUUGAUCUUACCCCUAGACUUCAGAAUAGACUUCGGGGCAUACUACUUUCGAUCGUGGCGUCUCUUGGUCAUAGUUUAUUCACUGUUCUUCAUUUUGGCCGCUUUUCUUUUAUCGUUCGGCCCGGAAAGUCCCAAAUACUUAGUUUCUCAGGGACAAAAUGAAGAAGCACUUAAAAUAUUACAAACAAUGUACGCAAAGAACAAAAGCAAAUCACCAGAAGAUUUUCCUGUUAAACAACUUCAGGUUGCAGAUGGCGAACGUGAAAAGAUAAGCUUCUUGAAAUCCCUCCAAGUGCAGACAAUGCCGUUGCUAAAACCACCAUAUUUGAAAUGGUUGUUUUUAAAUGGAUUUCUAUUGUUUGGCAUUUUUUCAGUAUUAAAUGGACUCUAUAUGUGGGUACCAGACCUUCUAAACCGAGUAUUAACUGGAAGCCAGUCAGGGUUAACUGCAUGCCAAGUAAUCGGUCAAAGAUUUAAUGAGACAGUAAGCCAAGAUGCUGUAUGUAUUGACACUAUUGACUCAAUCACUUACAUAAUCAAUUCGAUAGCAAGCGUCAGCUGCGCUAUAAUCGCCGUAGCCGUGAGCAGUACUGUCAAAUUCGUCGGAAAGAAGAACUUGCUAAUUAUUAUUUUCUGUUUAAUUGGCGUUUUUUGCAUACUGAUUAAUUACAUAACCGAAGACAUGCUGUUUGCGGUUUUGUUAUCAUCUGUGCCGAUCAUGGGGUUGGGCAUUGGACCAGUGAAUGCCUACGCUGUUGAGAUAUUUCCGACACAAUUGAGAGGAAUGGCAGUAAGUUUAUCAAUGAUGUUGGGACGAACAGGUUCUGUCGUAGGAACCAACGUGGCCGGAAUAUUACUGCGUGCCGCCUGCGAAGCAACUUUUUAUCUAUUCGGCGGAUUACUCUUAGUAUGCGGCGGUCUUACGCUCUUGUUGCCAAAAUCAAGAGAGGAACAUAAACCGAAAACCUCAAAAAUAACAAGAUUAUGAAAAAGUACUUAAUUUUGAUACAUGCGUAUUACAUACACUUCAUUUUACGGAAUUUGCUUUAAUUAUUUGACGGGUGUAUUUAUAGCUGUACAUACCUUUUUUUGCUGAGUCUGCACGGGGGAUCUAAGUAAAUAAAAAAUAAAAACAUAUUUUUACAUUUA